AUUAUAGAUAACAAACAUUUCUUCACUCUAGCUAUAUUAUUAGGUGAAUGUCUCUAAAUAUCUCACAAGAGAAUUUAUCAGCUUAUGAUAAUACCAAUAAAAAAACAGAAAUUGUUGUAAGGCAAUAUGAUGAAGAGAAGGAUAAGUUGGCUGUGGAAGAAUUGGAAGGACAGUGUGAUUUUGGACAACGAGGGCAGCCAUCGUUGUUUACUGAUCUCAUGGGUGACCCCAUUAGUCGUAUUCGCAAUCUCCCUUUACAUGUUAUGUUGGUAGCUGAAUAUGGCAACAAUGGAGAAAUUGUUGGGGUAAUUCGAGGUUGUAUAAAGACUGUGACUAGAGGAAAUAAAGGCUCAACACCAUGUCCAGUUUAUGUAAAAAUUGCUUAUAUUCUUGGACUGCGUGUUUCAUCUCACCACAGGAGACUUGGCAUUGGAACAAAACUAGUUGAAAACUUAGAAGAAUGGAGCAAAAUCAAUGGAGCAAAAUAUGCUUAUAUGGCUACUGAUAGUAACAACGAAGCAUCGAUAAAAUUAUUCGUAUCGAAAUGCAACUACGCGAAAUUUCGCACUCCUUCUGUGUUGGUUCAACCAGUUCAUGCUCAUUACAAGCCGGUUGCAUCAGACAUUGCUAUCGUACGAGUCUCACCACAACUCUCUGAGUCAUUCUAUCGACGUAUUUUCGCGAAUUCGGAGUUUUUCCCUAAAGAUAUUGAUCAUAUACUAGACAACAAGCUUAAUUUUGGUACUUUCAUGGCUGUACCCAAAAAAACACUCUUUAAUUGGGAUCCAAAAAGUGGAUCUUUCCCACAAACUUUUGCUAUACUAAGUGUGUGGAAUACUAAGGAAGUUUAUAAGUUACAAGUAAGAGGCGUAUCGUCGUUGAAAUAUGCUUGUUGCUUAGGAACUAGGGUUUUGGACUCAUGGAUGCCAUGGUUAAGGGUUCCAUCGAUACCUAAUAUAUUUAAAAUGUUUGGUUUUUAUUUGUUGUAUGGAAUUCAUAUGGAAGGUAAAGAUGGUCCAAGACUUAUGAAGUCGCUUUACGCGUUCGCCCAUAAUAUGGGGAGGAAUGAUAAAGAGUGUCGUUUGUUGGUGUCUGAAGUUGGUUUUGAUGAUCCUGUUAAAGAGGCUAUACCACGAUGGAACAAGUUUUCAUGGGGAGAUUUAUGGUGUAUGAAGAAACUUGAUGUUGAUGAAUUAUUAUCUAAGGAGGAUGAUAAUUGGAUGGAGUCCCAAGUUUCGAACUCUUCAUCAGUUAUUUUCGUUGAUCCACGUGACUUUUAAUCACUUUAUUAGGGUUGCAUGGAGUUUUUAGAUAAGCUUAUAUAGAAUGAGCAAUUGUAUAUUCCAACCAACAAAACAAGGACUACCUCUUAGUUUUCAAAACAACUCAGAGUCGAUUAUAUGAUACUAUUUUCUUAUUA